GUUAUCUCAACAGUCUUUCUUCCCUCCUCUUUCUCUCCGUUGCUCCCGCAGGUACGGCAUGGCCUUCGACGCCGCCCGCCGGAAGAACGCCACCAGAGAAACGACGGCGACGCUGAAGGCGUGGCUGAACGAGCACAAGAAGAACCCCUACCCGACCAAGGGGGAGAAGAUCAUGCUGGCUAUCAUUACCAAGAUGACGCUCACCCAGGUGUCGACGUGGUUCGCCAACGCCCGCCGGCGGCUGAAGAAGGAGAACAAGAUGACGUGGGAACCCCGCAACAAGACGGACGACGACGACGACGACGACGACGACAAGGACGAGGACCCUAACCAUGGUGAGAAGGGACAAGAUGUUGAGGUUGGCGGUGAAGGUCGCGGGGUGGAUGACGGGGGGAGUGAGGGGUCGCCGCUGCGGCCCCCAUCCCCCUCCAGUACGACAGGGGGAAGCGAUGGGCCUACUCACGCCCCACCCCCUCCAGCCUCACCCGUCAAGCCACGAAUCUGGUCCCUGGCUGAUAUGGCCUCAUCGUCGUCGUCUCCCACGUCGCCCUCGUCCACCCUGGCGGGAGCGGUGGGGAAGAUGAGCGUCCACCGGCCGCUACACCUGGAGGCCUCCCCGUACGCCCGCCCACUACCCAUGGCUCCCCGCCUCCCCUCGCCGCAGGAGGCACUGCUGCAGGUCUAUGCCAAGUCGCUGGGGCUGGCGCCACACCACGCGCACUCCUUCCCUUCCCUGCCUCCAGGACUCAACGGGCUGGGGUCACACCUCUCUCCCUCAGUGAUGGAAGCCCCGCUUCCCGCCACCCUGGGGGCGCCAACAUACACCACCGCCCCCCUCCAGCCGCCCACCGUCAGCAGACCUGUGGCAACCCGCCCACUGCCGCCCAUAUCGCCCUCUUCCCUGCACCACACGCUCCCCGGGGGUGCCAAGAUCACCCCAGCGCCGCCCCCUGCGCACCGGCCGGAGGGUUAACCUCCGCACGUAUGUGUAGGGUUGCGCCCCCCCACUUCCGGCCCCCCUUCAACUCACUAGAAUAAGUUACCCGUGACCCCGAGGCCUGGUCAAGCUUUAACUGUUUCACAACAUUGACCUGUGGACGAGGACCCGAAAUCUGACAGGUGUGUCCACUUCACGUGCUAGCCAUUUGCCCGUGUUGGCCACUUGCGCGUGCUGGCCACCUGCGUGUGCUGGCCAUUGCACGUUGUGGCCACUUGCACGUUAUGGACCGUACACGUGGCCGACGUACGCUUCAAAGUUAUUACUGCAGUGUGUGUUACAAUGUCGUGUAGUGGAGGUAGGUGUGGAGGUCGCUGGACCACUUCACCUGCCUCAGUGACGCUCCAUAAGUCUGAGAAGGAAAGAACAAGAAAAUUUGUCUUUCCAGACAGAGCAACUACGUACUCAAAACAGAAAAUCUCGUAGCAUAUCAUUUUUAGUGACAAUUCGUAGUAGACACUGUGAGGGUGAUGUGUGUAGUGGGAGGGGGGUCCCGGUGGGGGAGAGACCCAUAUGGGGAAGGGGUGUAGAUAUAUAAGGAAUAGGGGGGUCAAGACAUUGCAACGAGACAUCCUAGUGUCCCGCUGCCUCCAGUGCUAUAAGAAACGACACCAGUGAAAUAUGCAUCAAAAGUUCGUCCGGCGAAAUGUCCUUUCAAGUAUAUCACGGCGGUACUGUCGCAUUUACCAGGCUUAACACCACAGGCUGUGUUCUAAAGUAUGGUGAACGCAUUUACGCCGGGCAUGGCCAGUUCUCCCCCACCUUGGCUGUCACCCGCUAGCCCCCACACACACAUCCGCCACCCAAUAUACUCCAUAAAUCUACUUAUAUCUGCCAAAGUUACAACAUACACUCCCAUGUCUCUCCUAGUGUUUCCGCCGUGUCAUCCGUUCAUUACAUAUACGAGUAUUUUCACCCCCCAAAAACAUCGUUCUUCGUUGAGUUCUUUGUAUGAGUAAAAGUCAGUGAUCUAUACUCUACAGUGUAGCACAGAGAAGAAGGCUGUGUAGAGUGGGAAACGAUUUCUUUUACCGUUUUGCGAUCUUUUAAAUGUGGAAAAAGAGAAUGAAAAUGUGUUCUAAUAAUAUUUAACAGUAAUAAUAACAAUAAUUAUACUAAUAAUUUGAGAGCUUACGGUAGUUGUAUAUCGUGUGUUUCAAGGCUACUUUUAUAUGUGGUCAUAGGCAGCAACUAAAAGUAUUCGUGGUAAACUUGUCACAAUAUAUAAUAAUCAGAGCUGUUAUGAGCAACUUGUUUGUAAUUGUCAUAUUAACCACGUUGUUUAUACAGCAACAACGUGACAACAACGACCAUAUUAUAUGUUGUUAAUAUAUAUAAAUAAUAUACACUGCAGAUUACCACCAUGAUGAAACACACACUGUCGUUUACCACCGUGUUCAACACAUUGUAAUCUAUCACCAUGUUGAACACACUGAAGUUUAAUACCAUGUUGAACACGCUACAAUUGCCACACUGUUGAAUACAUUAUUGUCUACCAUAAUGUUGAACACUCUGCAGUUUCCUCACACAAAGAAAAAAAUCAUGGACAUCAGGAGUUACAUAUUUACCUCAGAAUGUUUUAUUUGUAUUGUAAAUGUUAUGUUAAUAUCAAAUUAUUGUUUAGGAUUAUAAGUCAUGUCUCAUUACGGCUGGAAGUAAUUGUUUCUGUCCAAUUAUGGCGACAAAUUAUACCAAUUGUGGUCUUAGCAUUAUGUUAAAUUAUUAAUGCCAUGAUAUUAAAAAUUAACACCAAUACAUAUUAUGAUAGUUUCCAAGGGAUAUUGUAAUAGUUUAUGUUGAUCUUAAAUAUUCUAUACGACACAGCGAUGGUGAACACUAUCCUCAGAUUCAUUGAUGAAUAAAUUGCACUUCACAGUGUUAAAUUUUGUGAUGGCGUCGUAAUACAGGUAAUGGAGUGUAGGGAACCGCUGAGACUAGUCUCAACACUCACCACUUUGUAUAAAGACUGUUGACGUUGUGAGUUUCAGAUUGGUUGGAGGGUAUUAGGCUUGCUGUAGCCUCAGGUCUAGCGUAUGGUGUGAAUGGCGUGUUCUGAUUGUUCCUUGUUAACUCUAUGCCUGAUCAUUCAUUUCUCAGCUAUCAACUCUCAUUUCAACACAAACUACCCUACCCUGCCCAAGAUUAGUGAUCUAAUCUAAAAUAACAUUUUAAAAUUCAACCUUCAUAAUUUUACUUGAAGUAUCUAUUCAAAUAGGUUUCUCGUAGACCUCGUCUAAACAGCCUACCCUGAAUGACUUCACCCACGGUGUCUAUUCUAAACAAACCUUAAUGAGGAACACAAACGAACCCCCCAUAGUAACAAGCCAUUCUCGUGUGCGUGCGCACCUUGCGCGUUGACCGUCGGGCACCGUAAUGUGCACGAGAAAGAGCCGUUGUUGUACAUACUCAUAGCUUAGAGAAUCUUCGGGUGUGCGUGUGUACGCUGUGCUUAACUUCUACCUGGGUUGUUAGGAGCCUAACAUCUACCUGGGUUGUUAGGAGCCUAACAUCUACCUGGGUUAUUAGGAGCCUAACAUCUACCUGGGUUAUUAGGAGCCUAACGUCUACCUCGGUUGUUAGGAGCCUAACAUCUACCUCGGUUCUUAGGAGCCUAACAUCUACCUGGGUUAUUAGGAGCCUAACAUCUACCUGGGUUAUUAAGAGCCUAACAUCUACCUGGGUUAUUAAGAGCCUAAUAUCUACCUGGGUUAUUAAGAGCCUAAUAUCUACCUGGGUUAUUAGUAGCCUAAUAUCUACCUGGGUUAUUAGGCGCCUAACAUCUACCUGGGUUAUUAGGAGUCUAACAUCUACCUGGGUUAUCAGGAGCCUAACUUCUACCUUGGUUAUCAAAAUUCUAAUUGGGUUAUCAGGCGCUUAACUUUUAAUUAGGAUAUCAAGAGCCUAGCUACUAUCUGGGUUAAAAGGAGUCUUAACUUGUAUCUGGUUUAUCAGGAGUUUAACUUGUACUUGAGUUAUCAGGAGCGUAACUAUUAUCUGAGUCAUCAGUAGUCUAACUUCUAGCUGGGAUAUCAGGGGCCUAACUACUCUCCGGGGUAUCAGAAGCCUAACAAUAUUCCUUUGGUAUUGUAAUAAAUACUUUGUUUCAUGUAAUAAAUACUUUUGUUGUUUUGGAAAAUUAAAUAGAGUUAUCC